AUGGAAAGGGGAAAUCAGUCUGAAAUUUCAGAGUUCAUACUUUUGGGUCUUUCAGACCAGCCAGAACAACAGAGACUCCUGUUCUGCCUAUUCCUCUUUAUGUACCUGAUCACAGGACUAGGAAACCUACUCAUCAUGAUGGCUAUUAGUUGUGACCCACACCUGCACACACCCAUGUAUUUCUUCCUCAGUAACUUGUCCCUGGUUGACAUAGGCUUCACCUCCACCACCAUUCCCAAGAUGCUGAAUAAUCAUAUAUCCAGAAACAGAACAAUGCCUCAUGCUGGGUGCCUGACACAAGUAUUCUUCUUCAUUUGGUUUGGGGGGAUUGAUAGUGUCCUCCUCACUGCCAUGGCUUAUGACCGCUAUGUGGCUAUUUGUAACCCACUACACUAUAAGACAGUCAUGACUCCAAAGGUCUGUGCCUUUCUAAUACUAAUAUCUUGGUCUUGGGCCUGUGGCAAUGCUCUCACAGAGACCCUCUUGCUGACCCGACUUUCCUUCUGUGGCCACAGUGAAAUUCCUCAUUUUUUCUGUGACCUCAGUGCCCUGCUAAAGUUAGCCUGCUCAGACACCUUCAUCAAUGACUUAGUAGUUAACACAGUGGGAGCACUGAUAGUAUUUCUACCCUUCAUUGGAAUCCUCAUCUCCUAUGCUCACAUUUUCAUGGCUGUAAUGAAGAUCUCUUCUGUGAGUGGGAAGCAGAAAGUUUUCUCCACCUGUGGAUCCCAUCUCACUGUAGUCUGUCUCUUCUAUGGGACAGUCAUUGGGGUGUACUUCAGCCCCACAUCCACCCACACAACCCAACAAGAUAUAGCAGCAACUGUGAUGUACACUGUGGUCACUCCCAUGCUGAACCCUUUCAUCUACAGCCUAAGAAACAAGGACAUGAAAAGAGCCUUGAGGAUGCUUAUCCCUAGGAAACUGAGAUUUAUUAGAAGACUAUGA